AACCCCAUCUUUGUCUUGGGCAUGUUUCCUCACAGUAUUGUAGAUGUUAGCAUAAUAAGGCACAUUGUUACUGUUGCUUCUUGCCCUUAAGUAGACUUCAACCCCUGGUGACCUUAUGUACAACAGAAAGAAACAUUGCCCUAUCCUGUAUCAUCCUCAUGAUUGCGAGCGUGUUCAAGUCCAUGGCUGCGGCUAUUAUGCCAAUCCAUUUCACUGAGGGUUUCCCAUGCCCUCAUUGUCCCUGUACUUCAUCAAACCCUAUGUCCUCCUCCAGUGACUGAUCCCUUCUGAUGAUGUGUGCAAAGUAAAUCAUUAGUUACCAUCAAGUCAUUUCCAACUUAUGGGGACCUUAUGUUGCCAACGAUCUCGACGGUGGCACAGAAGCGGGCAGAGUUUCAUUAUGUAAUACAUAAUGUUGUCAAGAGUGAGAACAGUAGCCUUUACUUUAUAGAGUUGUUUUUGAGAAUUACAAGAGAAAGUGCAUGUGAAGUGCUUUUCAAAGUGCUAUAACCUAUAAUAAUUAAUACAUGUUAGGUCAUUGGUCAACAAUGUCACAUUUACGUAUAAAGGAUAAGAUUUUUAUGGUGAAACUACCUCAUAUUGAUUUGAGAGUAAAUUUAAUGAUUGACUCAAUUGAGCUCCUACAUCCAAAAAAUUUAAGGGGUUUGGCUUCCUAUAGGCUGCUAUAUCCUUGGGGGAAAUACUGUGGCUAAUAGUUCUGACAUAAGAAAAAGAAAUCCACGAUGAGAAGAACUAAGGAUAUAUUGAUUAAAAGGGUGUUAGACUAGAGUAGUUAUAGGAAAGAAUAAAACAGAAAUUUAGCAGGGCAAAACAAGAGUAUACUUUAUUUUCCUAUAUCACAGAGUACCAGUGAUGACUAAUAAAAAAAAGGUGUAAGUAUAUGUGAAAAAAUAAGUGUCAGACAGAAAAUUAUGGGAUAUGGCUUUAAAUUAUAAGAAGAUGAAGAAUCUUGUUUACCAAAAUAUUUAGUGCUAGAUUCAAAAAGAUUUCAAUGCGAAGUGAGGAACAUCAUUCCUACCGAAUGUUUUAAAACCCUGGUGGAGUAGUAGUUAAGAGCUGCAGCUGCUAAUGAAAAGGUUGGCAGUUGGAAUCCACCAGGCACUCUUUGAAAACUCUAUGGGGCAGUUCUACUUUGUCCUAUAGGGUCACUAUGAGUCAGAAUCAAUUCGAUGGCAAUGGGUUUUUUGUUUUAAGAAUUUGAAUGACUGUUACUUACUCACCUAAGUUACCAUUGCUAUUUUACUGUUUUCUUCAUAGAUAAACUAUCAAAUAAAUAUAGGAAGGAAAAUACUUCUAAAGCUAUUAAUAUUAUUAAAGAUUCUAAGUGUAAAGAAUGGUAUCUAAAUUUUACCGCAGGCAAUGAUAUAGUCCAGGUGACAAAAACAUCAGAUAUUGCAUGGAAUUGUGCCUCUAUUGUAUUUAUUUUUCACUUAGAGAAAAAUAAUGUUCCUUUUAGACAUUUACCACUGGACAGAAAAUUUUUGUUGUUUCCAAGUGCUGCACAUUGAAAUAAUCCAGGAAGACCACUUCUCUUUGUAAUCAUGAGAAGUAAUUUGUCAGUGUUUCGUGGUCUUUUGUAAGAUUUCCUUUGUAAGUAUUUUAUUAAAAUAAGUUAUGUUUUCUUAUGCUAUGUGCCAUAUUUUCCUUUCUUUUAAGCUCCUGUGUCACUUUUACGUAUUAGCAAUUUCCAUUGCUCCAUUUUUAUAUGAUUUCCACAUUAUAAAGAAGACAUAUUGACUUGGUAUUUCAUUUACUAUGUGUUUCAUUUUUUGGUCAGGAUCACAUUUUGUUUAGACUUAAUGGACUAUACUAAAGUUUCAAAAUCUCAGGAGGUAAUGGAUUUUUAGUACAAUUAAUGAACUUCUAGGUCACCAUUGGAAAAAUGAAUGAGAUAAAACAGGCAAAAAUCUACUUUGGUUUCAAUUAAUAAGUUAACUUUGGUAAUUUUGUUAUAACCUUUUAAUAUAAAUAUAGAACUUUCCCUACUUCAGCUACUUAGCUGUAGGUCAGAAAUUCUUUAUAAUAUCUUGUCCAUCCACAGCCCAUGAAAAAUGGCUAGACUCAUGUAAUUGUCCAGAUUCCCAGAAACAGUCAUUUUGGCCAAGAAUAACCAAAACCAAACCAAACCCGUUGCCAUCCAUUCAAUUCCAACUCACAGUGACCCUGUAGGACAGAGUAGAACUGCUCCAUAUGGUUUCCAAGGAGUGCCUGGUGGAUUGGAACUGCUGACCUUUUGUUUAGCAGCCAUAGCUCUUAACCACUACACCACCAGGGUUUCUGCCAAGAAUAGAACUUGAAUAGACAAGCAGCUCAUUGGUUGCUUAAUGGCCAAUGGUGUGUGUUGCCUGGCUUAAACAGAUUUGUUGGAUCAAUCAAAGCCUUUCUUUCCUUUCAAAGAAGAUAUGAUGGGAUUGUUGUCAGAUGAGGCUGACAGUCAGGUUGACUCAUGUGCAAGAUGGGCAAAAUGAAAAGAAGAAAAGAUGAGAGAAUCAAGGAGGACUGAAAUAUAGAAAAUACAAAAGACAUCCUAAUGAUAUAUGAGGAAGAUGCUGAAGAGUGGGGUGUAUAUUUGAAGGAAGUUUUUUUACAUGUAGUGAAAAGGGAAGCAAUCUUGUUAUAUCGCUUGGAGAAUUUCUCUCUUCGGCACUUGGAAUUGCUGAGUUUGGACUCUUACAAAUGUAAACUUUUAAUAUUAUCAAAUAGCCUGCUUAAAAAUCUAACUCCAAAGAAAUGUCAGUUUCUGGAAAAGGUACUGCAUUCGCCCGAAAGUGUGGUUACUCUGCUGUGUGGAGUGGAGAGUUCAGAUCUGCUCUAUAAAUUACUGAAUGUCUCUGGAGGCAUGUUUGAGAUCUCAAGUGAGCAGGAGCCGGAAGACUACAUCUCCGUAAUCAAGAGUGUCCUAUUCAGAGGUUCUGAGGACUACUUUGAAGUCAAUGUUCCAACAGACCUAAGAGGGGAACAUUCUGUCAAAAUAAGUGACAGAAAGGAAAUUGAAGAAUUAUCAGAAGCUUCAAGGAGCAGCAUACCACCGGCGAUGGUGCUUCCCUCUGAAAUUUCAUGUGAGAAUCCUGGUGAAAUAUUCAUUAUUUUGAGAGAUGGAGUAAUUGGUGAUACUGUGGAGGCUGAAUUUACAUCAAAUAAUAAGUGCAUUAGAACACGGCCAGCCCUUUGGAAUAAGACAGUCUGGUGUAUGAAAGCUUUAGAUUUUCCUCCUGGCUCUGUCAGUGUAAACGUCUACUGUGAUGGAGUCGUUAAGACGACAACUGAAAUAAAAUACUAUACGACAACAAAGGAGAUGGCAUUUCGAGUGGCAGAUCCAGGACAUGGAACAUGUCAGAAUGACUUGGAAGAAAUUGAUGAUGUUCUUACAAGCAUCUUCAAACAUGAAAUCCCACAUUAUGAGUUCAAAUCUCUUCAGACUGAAAUCUACCCUCAAAAAGAAUAUAGUCAUUUCAACGAACUUCCAACUCUUCUCCACUGUGCAGCAAAAUUUGGCUUAAGGAACUUGGCUCUUCAUUUGCUUCGAUGUUCAGGAGCAGCCUGGGCUUCUAAGAUGAAAAAUAUGGAGGGGUCAGAUCCAGCACAUAUUGCUGAAAGGCAUGGUCACAAAGAGCUCAAGAAAAUCUUUGAUGACUUUUCAUCAUUGACCAGGGCAACAUGGCAUCUAUCUCAGAUCCUUGAAAGUAGCACAAAUGAUGAGCAAGAACAUGACUAUGAAGAGGCUGUAUAUUCUCCCACCACAGAGAACGCACCAUUUCAUCAAGAAAGCUGGCAGGUGUGCAGGCUGGGUGCAGAAGGAGCUGAGGAGAAUCAAACAGCAGAGGAAGAAAAUGAGAAUGAAUCCGAGGACAGGCCAACGGAGGUUGACAGUGAGAGUUCUGACAACCAGUAUGAUGACUUGUAUGUGUUCAUUCCUGGAGAUGAUCCAGAAGAUAAGUCACCAGAGCCACUCCUGAGCAGCAGACCGCCUCUCCCCCCACCGCGAUCUGUAGCUGCUGCCCUGCAACCAGACAAACUUCACAUGACACUGCAAGGGACAACACUGCAAGGCCAAAUGGAAAGAAAUAAAAGCUGGUAUGAUCCUGGUGGAAGACACGAAACAGGAUAUGAACCCAAAGGAGAGGAAGAAAAAGAAGAUGAAAAGGAUCAGGAGGAGGAGGAAGACCCAUACACCUUUGCUGAGAUUGAUGACAGUGAAUAUGACACCAUACUGGCCAAUAUGAGUAUAAAGAAAAAACUUGGAAGUCGAUCUUUCAUUAUAAACCGACCUCCUGCCCCCGCUCCUCGGCCCACAAAUAUCCCUCCUAAAGAGGAAACUACACCUUAUAUAGCUCAAGUGUUCCAACAAAAGACAGCCAGAAAGCAAUCUGAUAGUGACAAGUUCCAUGGUCCUUCUAGGAAACAAGACAGAGCGCCAAUGGAGACUCAAGCCUUUCCCACUCUAAAGGAUUGCCUGGCUGCUGGGCAGGAAGAACUCAUCCUCCUGCAGGAGAGAGUCAAGACUGGGAAAAUGUCUGUGGACGAAGCUCUGGAGAAAUUUAAACACUGGCAGAUGGGAAAGAGUGGCCUGGAAGUGAUUCAGCAGAAACCCCCACUCUCCCAGGUUCCAGUUCUCAGGAAAAGCUACGUCAACUACGAGAUUGCAUUAUUGGGAACAGGCCAGAAGAAGAAAAUGUCUAUAAUAAACUCACCAUUGUGCACCAUCCAGGUGGUAAUGAAACUUCUCACAAUGAAAAUAUGCCAUAUAGCAUACCUUCUGGUAAUAAGCUUUCUGCUCGACCCCAAGUUGAAAAAGAAUUUGGUUUCUCUAGCAAGAAAGAUUAUUAAAUAAGGUUAUUAUAAUGAAACUCAAGAAUCUGCAAGCAUUGUGUUUUCUGAGUGAAGCAAACUCACCUUUGGAUUGCCUGCACUCUCCAGGGCAAAUCUAUACUAUGAAAGCAGAAAUGAGCCUCUGGAUUUUGGGAAAUUUGUUGUUGCUGCAGUUUAAUUGGCAUUAUACCUGCUCUAGAUGAGUAUAUAAAAAUUAAAAUUGAACUCCAUAGAGCAUUGGCACUCUUUGAAAAUUCUUACACUUUACAAUGCACUUGCCACUUCAGCUAUUUUCAAUUUUGAAAAUUAAAGGAAAAUAAGAAUAGAGAAGUUAAAGGCUACAUAGCUUUUGGGGCACUAACCUUAAUAGUUUAUCCCUGCCCUUAGAAUAGCUAUGAAAAUACAAAUUUGUUCGGUACAUAAUUGCCUGAUCCAUUUUCUAGAUUUCUCACAUUCAAAACUCCAGUUAUUAUUGUCAUAUCAUAUAUACAGACCUUCCCUAAUUUAGGGCCUAUUUUUAAUUUUCUACAUCUUGAAUUAAUAUACAUUUCCACAACCUAUAAUCUUCAUUAAAAGACUUACAAUGUCAUCAACCUAUUUCUUAGAAACAGCUUAUUAGCUCAGAACAGAAUGAAAUUUUAUCAUUCUAUGUUCUCCAUGUAAAAUUGCUACAAAUAAAUGUCUAAACCUAUGUCUGACUUUUCAAAAUAAAUGCAUGAUAAUUAGCUACCAAAUUCUUCUGGUUACCAGUUUAAAUAAAGAAGUCUACUGAAAAUUUUUCAAAGUAAACUCAAUUUCACUGUGUAGAUCCCAUACGGUAAACUCACAGGUUUUUUGUUGUUGUUGUUGUUUUGUUUUCACAGCUUCUAAAAAGUGAUAGAAAUAUCUAUUUACAGUCUUUUUGCAAAAUCUUUCUCAUAGGUUUCUCAAAACUAUUAAUAUUUGAAUUGUGGGAUUUUAUAUUAAAACAAAGUAAAGAAAUGCUCAAGUUUAUCAUGCAAGGUAGUCAUGGCAAAGCACACAGGUAAGAGCACAAGAUAGUCAUUUAAGACUGGAGAAUCAGAACAAUAUAAGCUUGUUUAAUGGUUAGAGUACAAUCAUUAGACUUCAGGCAUUUACUUUUAACCAGUGGCCUUGGGAGGAAGGCUUGACCACAGUUCAUGAUCAGCAGAGGUCCCUCUAAUUGGGGUCCAAGGUCAGCCGCAGUGGUCAGUCUCAUUCUUCACUUCUGGCAGGAUCUCAGUCUUAGCAGAGUGUCAGAGUCUAAAGAGAGAUAUUGUGCCUCUGCCUUCUCCCAUUGAAUAUGUAGAAGUCCAGAGUUUAUAUGUGAUUUUCUUAUCUGGACUCAUACACUAAGGGCCAGGUGAUGUAAUGUCUAAUAAAGACUAGUAUGUUGCAUCUUCUCUUAAAGGUCAGAGAUUAGCUGUAUGUUGCAUCUUUUCUUCAAGGAGAGAUUAACGAGAUUGUUUGUGAUUUACUUACAUCUCAUGGCCAAUUUACAGAGCUUUAGCUAUGUGUUGAGCCCUGGUGGUGCAGUAGCUAAAGCUAUAUGUUACUUUUUUUUUUUUUUUAAAUCGCAGCUUGUAGGUGCAAGGCCAAUUUAGAGAGGUUAUUUACAACAUAUUUCUACUUCUUAGGCCAUUCUCAUUAUGAGUGACUUAUACAUAUGUGGUUUGAGAGCAUUACAGAAGCAUACAUUACAGUACUUUAAAACAAGCUGAGACUUUCAAAAAUAAUACAAGCUUGAUUAUUCCCUAAUCAAGAGAUGCUUCUAAUUAUGACAUCUGAAAAUUCGGUCCAUAGUAUCACGUCUAAGCUUUCAAGAGAUGGCUUGUCCUUGUACUGACUGAGAGCCACCAUUUCUGUGGGCUUUCCCAUCCAAAGCGUUAGGAAAAGCAACAGGAAAACUGACUGCUCUGCUAUCAUUUUUUAGAUCUAUCAAAUUCAGAUAUAGGUAUCAUUUCUAAAGUAAGAAUUUCGAUAUUGGCCUGUGACUGAUGCCUACAGCUCUAUCAUUGACUUGAUUCUUAUUAAAAAUGUGAGCAUUCAAGGAUAGGUACAAUGUGAAUUUUGCUAAUUAUAAUAUAAUUGGGUAAUUCUUUUCUUGAGACUCUGUUAAGAGGAGAAGCAGGAGAUAAGGCCAGUGUGUUAUUCAGGUCUCUAAUGUAGAUGGAAAUCUAAAACUAGGAUCUCUAAAUACUGCCCUUAUGAACUGGGCUAACUGUAGAAUAAAACAUGGCCAAAAUCCCCUUAAAUAGCGUCUUUUCACUGACACUCUGGUCCUUGAAGUCUUACUAUUUUGUCAUCAUAAAGAGGUAUGAGAAAAGAAAUCUAGAAAUAAAUGAGGUUCUCCCUGUGCUUCCUUUAUCAUUGCACCCUUGACUGAUUAGAUUUUGCCAGGGUGAGGAAGAGAGUUAGAGAAAAUUGGAGCUGGGAGGUCAGAAGGAGUCUUUUUUAUCAUACCUGUUGCAUGAAAGGAAAAGAUGAAAUGUAAAGAAAUGCAAAGGAGGAGAAAAGAUAACCCAAAUUUAGGAGUGAUCCCAACUGAAAAUGUUCCAUAGGGAAGACAUAGCUCUUAAAUUCUGUGUUUUAUCCCUAACAUACAGAAUACUGUCCCUCAAAGUUGAACCAUGAAACUGAUGCUUCUUUUCAGAAAUGGAAGAUGGCAAAAGGGCACGGAAGUUGAAUAGAGACUUGAACUGUCCUUAGAUAUUUGGGGUAUUUCUCAAGGAUCCCUAGUCAUUGCCAGAACAAGAAAGGAUUAGAUGGGACUCUAAAUAUUUUGUGCUGAAUCUGUAAGCCUGAGCUGCCUGGAGUUAAUAUACUUUAUCUACCUCCAUAAUCCCUUCCUCAAAAUCAAAUUUGUUCCCAUGCCAUUACUCUUAACUGUAACCAAGAUGCACUUACCUCAGGUUCUUAAAUUUACCAGGACUCUGACUUGUAGAGAAAUUUGAACUGGUACAGAAAGGUAUCAAAAGAGCUCUAUUUUUAAUAUUAAUUUCCUUAUUUUCUACCUAGUUAGUUUUUUAGGAUAACAAAGAGGAAGCAUCUAGACUAGUGGUUCUCAACUGAGGGCAAUUUUGCUGCACAUUUACCCCCAAUCAUUUGUCACUAUCUGGAGCUAUUCUUGAUUGCCAUGACUGAGAAGAUUCUCCUGACAUCUGGUGGGUAGAGACCAGGGCUGCUGAUAAACAUCCUGCAAUACGUAAGACAAAGAAUUAUCUUUCCAGUUAUAAAUAGUGCCCAGUGACUAUAGACUAUAAAGUAAAAUGGGAUUAAAACUUUAAAAAUAUGCUGUUAAGAUAAAAUUGCAGAGUUUUCUGAAAGUAGAAACUCCUAUGAUAACAUAAACAAAUAUCUUUAUUUUAAAGUGCUUAAGCUAAUAUGGAUCAGUAAAUACUCAAAAGGUUGGAUGAGUCUGCUACAUUUUAAGUAAUUAAACAUUAAUGUAUCCUACCCAAUGGAUAGGGCAGGACCAGGCAGUGUUUCAUUCUGAGCUGGAACUGACUUAUUUACACCUAACAACAAUAACCUAACAGAGCCUCCAAUUUUUAGAAAAUGAGAUUGUUCUUAGUAUUUUUCUAAUAAGAAUGACCUUGUUGUUUGGGUCAUUAUUACAUCCUAUUUGUGCAUUAAGGGUUUGCUCCUCCGAGUCCCUUCAUGUUUCAUAUAAUACUCAGGGGGUUAGAUUUUAAUCACUUGGUAUUACCUGAAGUUUUGCUUUAUAUUGCUUUUCUAAAUGGGUAAAUAUUUAGGAGAGAGAUCUGCAUCAUGAGCCUGAUCUAGUGGGUUCCAGCUGAAUAGCACAGAGCUGGUUUGAGGCCCCACCUGCAGCACUUGCAGCCCUUUCUGUAGCUGGAUUUGCCAGCAGCCCUAGGACUGCCUUAUUUUGUGGAGCAGACCUUGAAAGACAGGAACUACAAGAAAGAUAGAAAAAUGUAAGAUUCUCAGUGUAAUAGAUCUCAAAUUUAUAAAUGACAAGGUAUGAUUUCCUCAGUAUUCUCAAAUUCAAAAUGCAAAUAAUAAUGCUUCUUACAUAAUUUUAUGGCAUUAAAUGAUGUCAUGUAUUUAAAUGAGCGGUGCAGUACUGCAUUCAAGAGCAAGAGCUUUGAAGAAGACUGACCUAGUUUCAAUCUUAGCUAUGUCUUUGUUGUGUGUACUAACCCAGAGCUCAGUCUCCCUGAGCUCUAUUUCAUCACUGGUAAAAUAGGGGCAAUAAUACCAAUUACAGCUUUCAGCAUGAUUGCACCUCAAUAUAAAGUAAACAAAAAUCCUUACAACUUGACCAAUAAGCCACAUCAUGAUAAAUGAAGAAAAGAUUGGAGUUGUCAAGGAUUUCAGCUUACUUGGACCGACAAUCAACGCCCAUGGGAGCCGCAGUUAAGAAAUCAAAUGAUGUAUUGCAUUAGGCAGAUCUGUUGCAGAAGAUCUCUUCAAAGUGUUAAAAAGCAAAGAUAUCACUUUGAGGACUAAGGUGCACCUGACCCAAGCCGUGAUAUUUUCAAUCCCAUCAUAUGCUUGUGGAAGCUGGACGGAGAAUAAGGAAGACCGAAGAAGAGUUGAUGCCUUUGAAUUAUGGUGGUGGUGGUGAAGAAUAUUGAAUAUACCAUGGACUGCCAGAAAAAAGAACAAGUCUGUCUUGGAAGAAAUACAGCCAGAGUGGUCCUUGGAAGCAGGAUAGUGAAACUUCAUCUCAUGUACCUUGAACAUGUUAUCAGGAGGGAUCAGUCCCUGGAGAAGGACGUCAUAUUUGGUAGAGGAUCAGUGAAAAAGAGGAAGACCUUUGAUGAGAUGGAUUGAUACAGUGCCUGCAACAGUGGGCUCAAACAUAACAAUUGUGAAGAUAGCACAGGACAGGGCAGUGUUUCCUUCUGUUGAACAUGGGGUUGCUAUGAGUCGGAACUGACUUGAUGGCCCCUAACAACAACAUUACCAGCUUUACAGUAGGUUGUUUUGAGGAUUAAAUAUAGGGAGAUUAUCUAACUAAUUUAUCAUUCCAAACAGGACAUUUUUAACCAUAAAAUGCCAUACAUUAUUAUUAUAAUGGAAAAAUGGGCAUAAAUUGGUAUUGCUUCAGGCAUAAACUGGAAUGUACAGUUCAAAAACCAAAAACCAAACUCAUUACUGUCAAGUCAAUUCUAACUCAUAGUGAAUCUAGAGGAUAGAGUAGAACUGCCCUAUAGGGUUUCCUAGGCUGUAAUCUAUACAGGAGCAGAUCACAAAGUCUUUGAAUUGCUGGUGGGUAGCAGUCGAGCACUUCACCACUGUGCAACUAGGGCUUCUUGGGAUUUAUGGUUACUCUACUUAAAUAAAUUGUAUAAGUACUUGGAAUAUCUUGGCUCAGAAUAAAUUGUCAAUGAAGAUAGUUUGUAAAAAAAAAAAAAAAACUUCUUUGAAAUGUGAAUGCUGUGAUGCACCAGGCUGGCUUGUUACCUAA